AUGAACCCCACUCUGUCAGUGCUGCUUCUACGAGACGGGACCUUGUACUUCUUACUCCUUCUAGCAUUAAACGUCGCGCAAAUGAUUAUCAGCUCCAUCCCGAACGGAACAACUAGCGUUUCACAUAUCGUAUCUCCCAUUACUUCCAUCCUCAUCACCCGCUUUCUCCUCAACCUCCGCCAAGUCGCCGAAACACUCCCCGACUCAGAUCGCCCCUCCGGCGCACUCCCCACUCCGAUCUUCUCCACCAUCUUCCACUCCGAAGACAUACUCGAGAACAUAGGGGCCCCUCUCCGGUCCGGGAUCGACGCGGCAGAUGUCAUGACACUUGAUUCUAGUGAUGGCUCAGCUGAGCUCCAGCACGUACACAGCCCGUGGCUAAUCGGCCUCACGGCGGUUGGCUCAGACACCCGUGUCGCGAGAAUGCACACGCAUGCGAGCUAUCCCGACGCGGAGCGGCUGUCGUUACAGCCGUCGCGGUCGGUGCGGUCGACCAACAUCGGGGAAGAGCUGGAGCUAGAGGAAAUUGUGUAG